ACGUGGACGAGGACAGGCGAAGGACAACACUCUGGAGCACCGUCAGCAGCGCCUGCAAGAUUGGAUUGUGACACCAGCAGCCGCGGUGACCGUGCGGAAAAGCUGUUUGGAUAAGUUACGUAGACAGAUGCUACUAAGCAUUGGGCUCGUUUGAGUUGUCGAUUUCAUUGAACCGAGCAUUCUCUUCGACUCGCACGCGAAUGCAGCGGAACAACACUAUCGAUGAGUGCCGUUCGCUUAGAAAACCAAUAGCAUUGGAAGGAGGACGAGGACAUUCUUUUAUUCGAUACCGAAGAUCGUCGCGGUGAUACGGCAGAUGUAACGACAGCAGAAGGCUGCUGCAGGAGUUGGUACAGACCAGCCGCGGGUGAAAGAGCGAAACAGCUGCAAGAGACGCUUUCGUAGCAGGCGGUGUCCUGUGCAGGCAGUGGACGGAUUGAAGCGAUGCUUUUCUGAUCGGCAACGAGUAAGACACAAGGAUUUCAUCUCUUAGCGGACGGACGUAAGGCAAAAGGAAGGGCGAAAAAACGAAACGGAUAACUAAGCUGAUCGACGAAAAGUAGAGGAAAAUCGAAAACCCGGAAAGGGGAAGGGCGUUUGCUGCUGGUUCGUAGUGAGCAAACGUUGUUCCGGUGGUGCGGCGUUGCUGGUGAUCGGCAGCGGUCGUAGUAGUACUCAUCCGACUACUACCACUCAGGGCCCUUGUCCCUGACAUUUUUCUGUCUUUACGGUUCAAAGAGGCUUAGAAAAUAAACUUUAACCUGACUCUCGGUUGGUUCGGUGGCACCUCGGAAAUGUCCGACACUGGCAGUGGACACGACGGAGGCGCCCAGAAGGACUAUUCACAAAAGAUGGACGGCGGCGGUGGCGGCGUCGGAGGCGGCGACUUCGACUCCGGCCAGCAGAGCCAGCAAACGGAGCAGGAGCUCGCGACGAAGAUGCUGCAGAUCCAGUCGAAGCGCUUCUAUCUGGAUGUGAAGCAGAAUCGGCGCGGCCGCUUCAUCAAGGUCGCGGAAAUCGGUGCCGACGGGCGGCGCAGUCAGAUCUUUCUAGCGCUGUCGACAGCGGCCGAAUUCCGGGACCAUCUGUCAACGUUUAGCGACUACUACGCCUCGCUCGGGCCACCCAACCCGGACAACGUGCCCGAAGACGGCAAGCUAAAGUCGGAAAUGAUGAUCAAAGAUAACCGGCGGUACUAUCUGGACCUGAAGGAGAAUGUGCGAGGCCGGUUUUUGCGCGUCUCGCAAACGAUCACGCGCGGUGGGCCGCGCUCCCAGAUCGCAAUACCGGCGCAGGGUAUGAUCGAGUUUCGCGACGCGCUGACCGAUCUGCUCGAAGAGUUCGGCACCAACGACGGUGGGUACAAGGGCGAGCUGCCCGAGGGGCGCCACAUGCGGGUUGACAACAAAAACUUCUACUUCGACAUCGGCCAGAACAGUCGGGGUAUCUACAUGCGGGUGUCGGAGGUGAAGAGCAACUUCCGCACGGCGAUCACAGUUCCGGAAAAGUGCUGGUCACGUUUCCGCGACAUCCUUACCGAUUAUUGUGACAAAAUGAAGAAAACGUCCGAGUCAACCACAUCUUCAAUCACUGCCGAAAACACUUUACAGAAGCAAGCAUCAAAUAAUAUGUAAAAUUUCAAAUUAAACAAAACAAACCAACAAAACAAACGACAGUAAACCACAAAACCAACAACAACAAAAAAACGUAGCGAAACCAGGAUUAAAGAAGAAGAAAAAAAAGAAAGAGUAAUAUAAUAAUAACUAUACAUAUAAUAAUAAUGAUUAUAAUAAUGAUAACAAAUAGAGGAAGGAAAAUUGGAAGCAUAGCACGCAGGAUGGGUUUAAACAAUCGACGGGAAAACCGGCAUGGGGAAGCAAAGCGUCACAAACGGUAGUGAAGCACAAGGGCAAGCAUAAUUCAACACGAAAUCUGGUUGAACCGUAGGUUCGGUGAGGGCAAACAGUGGAAAGGGCAGCAGCACACCGCAUGGCCGGCGAGCACAGACCUACAGGCCUACAGGUAGACAGGUACAGAGGAAAAUAGUGCUGAACAGAGUUUCACGUGUAUAUCGGGCGAUAGAAAUGCGAUUUAGAAGAAAGAAUUGAUGGCCCCGAAGGAUGGUAUUUGAGUAUUGUUUACAUUUUAUUCGCAAUCUUUCGGGUGCGAUUGUUUACGUUUGUUUUGUAGCUGUUACUAUCUUGUUUAGUUUUUUUAAAUCCUCUUAUUUUCCACAUCGUUUUCUAGUGGUGGUGUACGUGGGGUCCGAAAGGCACACCUCGCUUCGUCUAAUCGCCACAUAUCGUAAGUCUGCGGUCCGUGAGUCGAGCGGCGAAUGAUUGAGUGGAGAUUCUCAUAUGCAUAAUGUGUCUCAGUCGUGCCCUCAGUCUAAUUUGUGUAAAAAAACACCCUCCCCCGAAACGGGGCUUCACGUCCCUGUCUCUGCAGAAGAUUACGGAGAAUACAAUUGAAAGAAAGAGAAACAUAGGCGAAUUAGGUUUAAAAACUUUUAAAAAUUUACCGCCAAUACUGCAAACUCGGUAUGGGCACGGAAAAAUAAAAGAAGAGUCCUUUUAAUAGUGAAAACAAAGGUCAGACGAUGUUAUCGGCAAACCCGGACACACGCGGAAGGAAGACACGCUAACACAACACAUUAAGGAACGAUAGAAAUGGAGAGCGCGCGCGCCAGCGAGCAAAGGAGCUGACAUUAAACAACAAUAAAUGAAAUUGUAAAGCAAAUAAUGAAGCUCAGAUAAAAUCUGAAUAUAUUAACACGUUAUCGAGGCAAGGAACCGGUGCAACGGGCGAAUGGGGCACACCAGUGCCAGUUUCUGUAUAUGUUUUCGUUAUUACAGCAAACGGGCCAGAAGGAGUGAAGGAGUGACAACAAUAAAUUACGAAAAUUGGUGUUUUUGUUGAAACAAUUAAAACUCACACGGACGCAGUGGUUGCCGAAAUUACUGCCUAGGUGUCGACAGGACGGAAGCAUUAGUGGCGAUUGGGAUUAGAAGGACGUAGAUUAAGCCGUGUGUUACGUGCUUCAUAGAAACUUUUCGUUGUUACAUACUGUUUAACUUACAUUUCGGGAAGGUAGCGCAUGGUCGGACACAUUAGCUUAGUGCCGUACAAGAAAGGCUCCGGGAGGGUGCAACAAAGUGACUUGGUAGUGUCACCGAGUGUGUGCAAAUUUGGGUGAAAUCAUCAGAAUGUCUAGAAACAACGAGUAGUGUUCAAUCCGUUCUAUGCGCGAUAUGUAACCGUUAAGGCAAGUUGUGUACCGUGCAUGCAAACAAUGAGAACGAAUAACAAUAAAAAAGGAAUACCAACAACAGCAAAAACGAAACCGAGUCAGUUAGGAUCGCGUUUGAAUUCUGAAAUAUGCUAAGCAAAACGCGCCACACAUUUUUUGCAUGUCGCUUUCCUUACGAGCAACCUUUAAUUCCUUUGCAGCCACAGAGAGAGAGAGAGAGAGCGAGAGAGAAAGCUUGAGAGAGAGAGAAAGAGAGAGCGAGAAAGAAAAAGAACGUAAGAGAACGAAACCUCAGAAGAACGAUAGAAAAAGCGAUCGAUUGGAUUGGUCAUUUGCACAGUAUUUGCACACUCGUACAUCUCGGGCUCCGCCGAAAUCGUCGGGAUCCGUUGGAACCCUUCCCUGGAACUUGGAGAUCAUCCUCUGGAGAGUCCUUCACAAUCCCUGAGCCGUUUCAGCAGCUCUUUCUUUCUCUCACUCGCUCUCUUGCUAUCUCUCUCUGAUUAAGGCACAGAUUUAAAAACGGUGGACAGCUGAGUUGAGAUGUGUUGUCGGAGUGGGGACGAUAAAACGCACGGAAAACAAACGCAAAUUAAAACGAAGUCAAUAUAUACUGUUGUUAAAUGUUUCAAAAACAAAUCUAAAACUCGACAAAACGCUGGAUCUUGCUACGUUAGAUGCCGAGCGCAAGAACGGAAUCAACAAAACAAAACCAAUGUCUCUCGGGCAAUACAGAAACGCCAAGGCAGAAAGGCAAAGGAAUGUAGCGCUCCGAGCGGUUUAGGUGAAUCAAACAAUAGAAUGCAAAUGAAAAAAUGAAAACAAACGAAAAAAACAGUAAAGCGAACGUAUUACUACUGAAACCUCUUCUAUGCGCAAGCACUGCGAACAAUGAAAGAAACUAGCAACAACUAAGUGUAGAUGGGAAAAAAGUAUGUUGCAUUGGUGAAAGAGGUGAUUAUUAUGCAUUACAAAUGGCGUAUGCGUUUAGAGUUUUGGGCCAUUUUAUUCCUUUGUCUGAGUAUUUAGGUUCAAUCGUUUCUCUCUUUUACCUCUUCUCGCCAGUUAGUGAGACGCAUGUUUCAAAACUGGGUUUUCGACAUAGUCAUUUGCUUGAUGCGGUGCAAUAAAUGUAUUCAGUUUGAGGAAAAAGGUUCAAAUUUUGUGCUAAAAGGUAUAGUUCAGUUUGUUCAGGAGUUUGUUACAAUAGUAAUAAUUGUGCGGUUGUCCAAAAUGCGGUCAGAGCGCCUAGUACUAUAGUUUUACUAUUGUCACUCUUCUUGGGAUCGAACUGUGGUUGGAAACUUCAAAAACACAAAGCUCUUUUUUGGUGGUGGUAACACUCAGGCUGGCCCUACGUGUCUUCUUUCGGUUCGGUCGUCGUCUUCAGAGAAUGUGUAUGCACUACUUUUUUAGUGAACACUUUUUGCUGCCACUGAGACUGUACUUUUUAAAAGCUAUUGAAGUUGUUGGAGUUGAACUCAAGCGCUGCAAAAUCCUCUUUAAUUUUGUUGUUUUUCAAACGGCAAAAUCGAACGCCAAACUCAACGAUGCUGGCACCAUUCACGUUAGUUUUAAGCGAGUGAAGAAAAAUGUUAGUACAAAAUUGUUAUUAUAAGUACAACUUUUAAUUACAACCAUCUAACGCGUAAACUAGGAUACCUUUGCCGUUGAGAACGCAUUUCACGAGCGCGUAUGGUUUGAACUGUUGGUUUUGAUUUUUGUUAGCUCCCUUACGAUACUUCGAAACUGCGCGGCCUGACCUGCCGAAAUUUUUAACAGCACUCGACUGGAUAUUAUUUGACCCUUCGUAGUGUGUCGGUAUAGUGGCAGUGGAAAUAGAUAUAGCAAACGAAAUAAAUCGCACCGGGCGAUAGAUGUAACAAAAGCACACACAGAACCACACUAUGACAAGAACACAACAAACUCAGAAUUAUGCAAUAACAUAGACAAUUCCAAUGGACAGUGCAAAACGCAUAAUACAAAACGAAAACAAAAGAAAAACAUCUUGCACACACAUAGCGACUACUACCAAUUAUAUAUAUAUAUAUGAAAAUUAUUAAAAAAUUGUGAAAAUUUUAACUUCUGUUGUUUCUUUUCAAGUCUAUUAUAGGAAGUAAUGAAACAAGCCCAUGAUACACAUUAAGCAACAAACGCGCCGAUGUGUAGGGGAACAAACGAAACAAAAACAUGAUCCCAAGCAAAGGACGAAAGCUCUGUGGUGGAGUAUUAGCAAACCAAAAAAAUCAAACCAUACCCACAAAGUGUGACAGAGGCCAGUGAAAACGCAUUAAAUAAGUGGUUAACCGAGUGCGCUGAAAGAGAUCAAGAGGAUUCCGGUGUGCGGUUCUAGCGAAGAAAAGCAAAAGAGAACAAACAAAAAUCGAUAAAAAAAAACAGAAGAGAAAAUAAUAUUAAGAUAAAUUACCGUAGGUAAUAUAUAUAUAUAUAUAUAUAUAUGUAAGUAUAAGACAUUUAUUUAAAGAAAAACGAAAUCUGCUAGCCGCGGUAAAUAGAGCAAAUGAGAGAACUAUGAAAAUGUAGCGACACGGUUUAGUUUUCCAUUCAUGCGAAAAGUCACUUCAAAACCAGCACAUCGCCCCGUGGAGGCGGAAUCGUAAAUAGUCGAGCACACAACAAACCGGACCGCUAGCUCUUCUUUCUUCUAUGGAAUAGUUGGAGAGGUGCGUCAAAUAGUUCCACAGUAAUGGGCGUAAUAGUAACGUUUUUCGAAUUUAUACGAUUACCUAUCGCUUAGCGAUUUUUAAGAGCGUAACAGCAGAAGCAGAAAGUGCACUCUUAGCAGUAACAUCCGGCGACCGGCGUGUUGUGCAAACACGAACGGGAAGAAAGUUCAACAUUCGCGCCUUCAACCUUCUGUAUCACUCGCCCAGUUGUGUUCGCUAAUUGAUCGACAUGAGAAGUGACUCCUUUCCGUUUUCGUCACCGUGCAGGGAGAACCGUGCAUCCCAGGUGCAGGUCCUUUCGAGAGAGUGAAUGGCAAACACGUGGCAUCUGUUCCAUCUGGAACCAGACCAGCCCCCCUUGACGAUCCCGUACCCGUUUUCGCAUGCAGCAUGGCUGUUUCGAAGCUCUAGUGUUGGCUGUUGGCUCUAGCCCUGUUCGGGACAUAUUUUAAGGCAAAGCAUAAUGGAUGAUUCCUAAGACUGCUGAGGUUUGAGCACUACCGAUAAAGUAAAAAUGUGAUCAAAUAAAACGCAAAACCUAUUUAACACGACUUUGAUAUGUUUUCGUAGUAAAAAGCGGCCGACGAAUAACACACCUUUCGUUACUGACACACAUACACUGAUGCUAGAGAUAGAGUGCCCUCCUUUCCUCCUUUCCGUUGUCUUUUGUCCCGUUGUUUAACAGCGAUUGAGUUUCUUAGAAACUCUGGAUCCUAAGAUGGUAGCUUUAAUUAAAGUAUAUACUGAAAACAGAUGGUCAAAGCUGAACGGAGAAUAGAGGGAAUAGCCAGCAAGGCGGAAGCAAGCACAAGCGUUACCAGUGUCAGUGCAGUCACCAGGAUUAUAUCCAAUGAGGACCUUGCAAAUCAUAUCUCGCCUAUUUCGAGAUCUAGUUAUUUCCGGUCUUUCCCGAUCACUACUCCCGAUCGGUUAUCCGCCGCGGACGUCGGUUUCUCAAAGUGAUCGAUCAUUGAAACAAGAACUGCAGAACAACAGAAAAGGUGUGUCGAAGUUCUUUUACAAUUCUUAUGCUCUCAAGCUUACACUCCAGCAGAGCUUUUCUGAGUGAUGCGAGGUACAAAGAGAAAACAAAACGGAACGGCAUCGGUACUAUAAAAGGUACUUGAACGAGCUAUGAAAGCGGCUUCGAACGGAAAGAAGAUUGAAAAGCUAACCAGAGAUACUACUGAUCUUUCCCAUCUUCCGCUGUACUAACGUCAGAAGUACGCAUUGAGUUCAGAAAAUUGCCCUCUAAUAUAAAAGCACAGAGUGAUAGAGCUGACUAUGGAAAAAAACCAGAAGCCGCCAACACUUUUACCGAUAUACCUAGGUUCUUUCGACGUUUUGUGUCCAAUACUUACUUAAAAAACGUGUUUCCGUUUUCGAAAGCGAUGUGUGGCGAUUAACUGUUAGCCAGAGGGGCUAAAUGAUUUCAUGACACCCAACUAAAACCAUGAAAUCAUUGCGCAACACAGCGCAGCAGAACAAAUGUUCAGUUCACAGUUUUGAAAGCAGACCAGUUCGAGCAGACGCAAAAUUCAAAGGCGAAAAUGAAAUUAAGUUAAAAUAGCAUAAUAAGAAGAAAUGUAACAUAUGUCAUUCUUAUAACAAAAAAAAACACCGAAAAGUGACAGAUAAUAGAGAAAUAUAGAGUUUCUGGAAAACAAAUUAGAGAGACAAGAAAAAUACAAAAACAAAGCAGAACAGAACAGUAGAGAACGUACGGAAAAAGGGGGAAAUGAAAGUAAUCCAAACGGUACACAAAUUAUGAAUAUCGUCCUGCCAGAACAGAUGGCUGCAAAAUGACAAAAGAAAACAGAAAACGGUAAACGCAAGCGAAAAAAAAACACAAAAUAAAAAUAAAUAAUAAAGAUUGUAUAUUUUUAGAGAAUAUGAAGUACUAUUUUUUAUUUGGUUUGGUAUUCUGCGAUGCGAUGCAAACCAAACGGUGACCAUAGUUUACGUAAACGCAACCGCGCGAGAGAGGCAAAUCUUACAAGACACAAGGCAAACCAGGCCACGCAACCGGCCACGGAACAUAACCAACCAACCGAAAAUAAGAAAGUUCGAAUCGAAAGGUGACAUUAGGUAUUUUUGGACAAACUCCGUCUGGCCGUAGCACAUGACGACGGCGUUUCCAACUGCGUUACGACGCAGGACCGAUGCAUACUACUAUUUAUCUUCAGCCUUUUAAGAGAAACUAGUGUGUAGAACUCCGGACUUAAUUUUCCAAAAGUUGAAAUGUUCUAAGAGUAUUCUCCUGUAAUUUUUGCUUAUUGUUUCCUUAUUUGAACACCGUCGAAUGGAUAUCGAGAAAACUAAAGAGCAAAUCAGUAAAUAGUGCUUCAGAAAUUUAUUGGUUUUUUUUCUUCACACAAAAGAAGAAACAAAUAUUAUUUACCCGGAUUAUGGAACUAAAUCGUUUUUUGCAUUGAGCAAACUGCAGAAACCAAUAAAGCAAGACGCAGCGCACUGGAGAAAAGCAAAGAAUGAAGUCAAUGUUGUGUAUGUGUGUGCGUGUUUGAAACGAUAAUCACCAGGAAAACAGAGAAAAUGCGGUUCCGAAAAAGAACAAAAGUCAAUAAACGCAGAAGGGAAGCACAGAAGCGUCCACAUAAUCUCUCACGUAAAGAGCGACAAACGACAUUCACAAAUAAAACCAAAACCCCGUGAACGCCUGAACGUGCAGUGCACUUCUUUCGACCAAAACUGUAGACCCAAACCCAAUGUGCAAAAUCUGGACAAAUCGCGUAAGGAGCCGGGCGAAAUGUACGGCGGGGCAGAACAACGGAGAGCUAAUGAAAGCACAGAAACCAGAGAAAUCUUGUAAAACCCGAAAAACAGGCGCGUCAAAAUGGAGAUUGAACGGAGAUCUGCACUAGUGUGUUGUAAUCGAUAAAGGAAUAAACAAGUCGACAGCUUAAAGGUGUUUUGAUUAUUUGAUUCAGGUGUUACCAUGUUAGUAGGAAAUAUACUAAUAAAUGUGAUUAAAAACAAGUAAAAGGAAACGAAUAAUAAAUGAAAGGAAAAACCAAACCAAACUAAACCCCGUCGUCCGAGUUGCUGAUUAUGUUAAGUUAAUGCGCUGCACUUUGCCACUGUUCGAUUGUUCAAUGAACUGUUCUCUACUUUCUACAUAAUGCCGGUCUUCCAACGUUCACUUUCGACAUUCUUUUAGGACGUUGAUUAUCUCUAAUGUCUUCACUAAUUCGUUUCGGUGUGUCACUGACGGACACAACGGGUUGGGAUGGUACAGCUCAUUAGGAUUAGGACAUGUUCCAAAAAUGCUUCUGAAAGGCAUUGACGAAGCUUUUGGUCAAACUCGAAAAAAAUAUCGAAAGCACGGUUCCUUCUCCAGAUAUGCUCUCCUGUGACAUCCCUGUUGUUUAAA